AUGUCUGAUGAACCUCAAGCUUCAGAAUUAAAUGAAUUGAUCCAGUCACCAGAGAUUCAAAUCAAUGAAAAAACUGUUGAUAAUUUGAAUACAGGAAAAAUUGAUUUAAAGUCAAACUCAAUAUUGUGCACCAAUACCAAUGAUUCAAAUAUACCUGAAAAUGAUAAUAAUUAUAAAGAAGAAAAUGAACAAAAUUUAUUGAAUCUUACUUUGACUAAUCCAACUGAUCGUGCACACUUUGAUGAAGAAGUAGAGAACAGUGACAUUAAAAGAAGCAUUAUAUCAUUUGGUCCAUGUAAGCCAGUUAUUGAAUUUCCAAAAAAUAAUGAGGGCAGAAAAUUAUCUUCUAAUUUCUAUUUUGUUUCUGCACGGUCUGGUUCAAAAAUACCUCGUUCUUGGUUAUGCUAUUCUACAGUUUUAGAUAAAGCUUAUUGUGAAUCAUGCUGGUUGUUCGCUAAUAGAAAAAGUACUUCUUUUAAGUCUGAAUGGAUAAAUGGAAUCGAUGAUUGGAAACAUUUAUCACAAAGCAUUCAACGUCAUGAAAUAUCAAUUCAACACUUAGAAUCCACAAAUAUGAGGAUCAUAUGGGUGAAAAAUAGAACGAUAGAUAAGGAAUUAGAAAUACAAUAUAGUAAAGAGGCUACAUUUUGGAGAAAUAUUUUGCUAC